AUGACCGCCCAGAUCCUGUCCGGCGAGUUGGCCAAUCUCGUCAACGAGUCCAAAAGAAAAAACCCCGACCUGCGCAAUGCGGCAGACAAGUCUUUGCAGGAGCUGCGGUCCCUGCCCUCCACCUCCGAGGCCCAGCUAGCCGCCGACCUGACCCGCCGCACCGCCUUCAUCGACCCUUUCGUGAAGGCCUGCCAGACCCAAAAUGCCAAAUUCGUCUCCUCCGCCGUCGUGUGUCUGCAGCGCCUCAUUGUCAUGCGUGCCGUGCCUCGCAGCAGGCUGAGAGAGGUACUCGACGGCUUCCGCGACUCCAGCCAAUUGAGUCUGGACAUCCAGCUCAAGAUUCUGCAAGCACUGCCUUCGCUCAUCCAGAACUAUGCCGAUGAUGUCCGCGGCGAGCUUUUGUCCAGUGUGCUGCAGGUGUGCUCGACGUUGCAGACUGCCAAAAAUCCCGUUGCAAGCGCCACUGCCGCUGCUACGUUGCAACAACUGGUCAUUUCGACCUUCGAAAAAGUCGUCGUUGAAGACGAGAAACAACUGCAAAUCCCAACGGUGACCGAGGUUCCCGGCGACGAUGGCAAUAUCUCCGUUCGGCCCUCGGCCAACGAUGCAUACAAGGUCUUCCGCGACAUCUGUCUCUUGACUGAAGGAGGCAAGCCGCAGUCAAUUCGCUUCUCGACAAUCUCGCAAGCUUCCGGACUCGAGCUGAUUGAAGCAAUUCUGGGCAAUCAUGGUAGCCUUUUCUUGUCUCAUGCCGAACAAGCUUUCAUUCUCCGUACACACAUCAUGCCGCUCAUCAUCAAGAGUCUUUCCGAGCGGCUCAGCUUUUCAAUUACUCUUCGGAUUAUGCGAGUCUUCAACCUGAUCCUCAGACAACACUUGACCAUAGUGCCUUCAGAAUGCGAAAUGGCUUUGGGGCUCCUGAAUCAUAUGCUUGAUCCGGACGCCGCAGCUCCAUGGAAGCGUGCCAUGUGCAUGGAGGUCUUCCGGAAUGUCUACUCAGACCCCAAUCUCAUCAUCCAGAUCUAUGCUCAGUACGAUGCCCAGGAAGGCAAGAAGUCGAUAAUUCGGGACAACCUCGCCGUCUUCGUCCGCCUCUCAACCGAGAAGCCCACCGUCAUCGGUCUCGGUCAGCAUUCCACCGCUCCGGUAAAUGCACCUCCUGAAGAGGACGUCUUGCCUGACGCCCAGGUCGCGCUCGAAGCUGGGGCGGUUGGCAUCAUCGGCGGAGCACCAAGCACGUCGAGCGUUCCCGGAAUCAGCACCCAGUGGAGCACCAUGCGGAUCCCAUGCAUGGAUCAUCUGGACAAACAGGAACCCCCAGCUUUGCCUGAGACUUACAUAUACAGCUUGGUCUUGAGCUGCAUCAAUAACUUCUCUGAAAGUCUCGCCAAGUUCAUUCUCCCCUUGACUGUGCACAAAGAAGGCCGCAAGAAGAAAGCAAAGGGCGAUGCAGCCGCGAACCAAGAACCUCCUAGUACGCCUAUCGAGGAGAAGCCCAAAAGCAGGAUGGCUAGAUCACAGUCCUUCAGGCGACGGACAGUUCCCGUCAAUCCAUUGGAUUUGAAGAACAACCCUGCCGAGGAAGCUAUCAAGAUGACUGCAGAGGCCAUAAACGACUGUUGGCCAGCCGUUCUUGCUACUUGCUCGACUUUCCUCAACGCUGCUCUGGAUAACGAAUACUACCACGAUCUGGUACGUUCAAUUCAAAAAUUCACUCAGAUUGCCGGCCUGCUGCGUCUCUCCACCCCUCGAGAUGCAUUCCUCACAACCCUCGGGAAAGCGGCUGUGCCACCGACCGUCUUCACUGCGACCGUCUCGAAUCCCAAGGCUUCAGGCGCCGAAACGCCAACAAUGUACAACAACAAAGGAGGGUUGCUGAGCGUCGAUAGCCUUGUCAGUCAAGGAUCCGAUAAGAACAGGCGAACAUCGAUCGAGUCGGGACCGCCGACUCUCAGCACGCGGAAUCUUCUAUGUCUGAGAGCGCUUUUGAACUUGGCCAUCGCGCUUGGGCCAACCUUAGAGUCAGCGUGGUCAAUCGUUUUCGAGACUCUACAGCAGGCCGAUAUGAUCAUGGCGGCAGCCAACUCCACGAGCAGUGGCCGAGAUCGCAGAGGAAACCGCUAUGAUGGGGGCGCCAUUGCCCAAAUAAUGGGCCCGGAAGUUGGAGCUGUUCAAGCUGCAGCUUCACGGCUGUUUGAGAGCACUGUGGACUUCCCCAACGAAUCCUUUGUUCAAGUGCUGACAUCUCUCUGCACACUGCUCGAAGGCAAGCCCAGUCGUGCGAGCGCCAGCCAAGGGCCCCCAACGCCGAACCCCCAGGAGCGCAAGCUGAGCAACUUCGGGAUCAACAUCAAGACCGAGCUGCAUGUUCAAGAUUACGUCUUCUCAUUGAGAAAACUUGGUGACCUUGGCACACUCAAUGCUAAUCGGCUCAUCAGCUUCGACCCAGACGUCAGCGGCUGGUCGUUGCUGAUCAAGGCGCUCGUGUCUGUUGCGAGCAAUCCCAACAUCACGAGCUCUGUACGCCUUCUUGCAGCAGAUGUGCUCAGCGGUCUGGUUCAGGAUGUUGCCAAGGAGACACAGGCGGAAGAUCAGCCGCUCAAGAACGAGAUUCACGCCAGGGUUCUUUCGGCGCUCCAGCUUGUGAUCGACUCUCUUUACGAAGGUGCCAACGACCCUGAAGAUGAACUUGAUGAGACCGACAUCGAGGUCCAUGUUGUCGUUCUCGACGCCCUCAAGAGUAUCCUGGAACAGUGCGGUGACUCUCUUCAAGUCGGCUGGAAUCUCGUUUUCUUGCUUACACGGAGCGUGUUCAUUGGCUUUGGUACCAAGAUACAGCAUGGAAGUACCGCAGAAGCCACCAGCGUUCCAAGGUCAUCUGAGAUGAUUGCAACAAAUCUGGGAAGACUCGCCUUUAGCUCUGUGCAGCUCGUCUGCUCCGACUUCCUGACAUCAAUUCCGGAUGAUGCCAUUUUCUUGCUCUUGGACCUGCUUUACUUCUUCUGCGACCAAGGGGAGGACCUGAACAUUUCCUUGACUACAAUAACUUAUUUCUGGAACGUUUCGGACUAUCUUCAUGGCCGUACAGACGCGGCGGCGAUGGAAGAGCUUGCAACCAAAUCCAUCGAUGUCGCCAACCCGGAAGAACAGAUCCAAGAAGGCGUAAAAACGCAGUCCAUUCCGGCAAUGUGGCUGCAUCUACUCGAGCGCAUUGCCACUAUUGCACAUGACCGCAGAGCCGAAGUCAGAAAUGGAACCCUGCAUACCCUUCUCCGAAUUUUCGACAACUAUGGAGACCAACUAUCACCUGCAUCCUGGAAUCUUUGCCUGCGGGUGAUUAUGUUCCGCCUCUUAGCCUUCGAUAUCAAGCAACACCAGGCCUUCCGCUCGACCAGCGCAGAUCCAGAGGAGGCGCACGCGUGGGUUGAAACCAGUCACAUUAUCCUCAACGGUCUUGUCAAGCUGUUCAGCGCCUAUCCGGAGAGCAUCCUUGGCGCGCCUCGGUUCUCAUCACUUUGGGCAUCGUUGUUGGAUUACUUUCGACAGUAUCUGGCGUGUGGGUCACAAGCUGUCAAUGCAGUCACGUACGACGCUAUUUCAGGCCUUCUAGGAAAGCUCGAGUCCGUCAAAGCUAUUGACGAAGGCGCAAUCCAGAAGGCGUCCGAAAUCUGGCUUGAAGCGUCGCCUGGGAGUCACGAAGAGUACCCUUCAAAGGCUGGCAAUCAUGAAGCUUACCUGGCCUAUGUGCGCUGCUUCCGAGAGUUUUACCGCCUCAUCGGCGAGGAGAUGGACUCUGGUGUGCUUUCUAAGGUUGCCUCAAACCUCCAAAGCUGUAUUGUCACCGAAGAGAGCACAGCCUACACGUCAGAUAGGGAUAUCUUGACGCCGUUGCAGAAAGAGGUUCUCCAGGGCAUCAAAAUCAUCAAAACAAACUUUGAAGGGGCUCCGACGAUCAUUGUGAAGCUUCUGGCCGACUUUGCUGCUCUGCCUUUUGGGAGACCUCCGCCAAUUGGAACACGGGAUGGCAACACUUUCGUUGCCAUCAGCAAGGCGUCAAUGGAUCUUAUGCAACAACUCGUAACGGACCACAUCAACUCUACUGAGCUUUAUGCCAACGGCGCCCUGCUUGCUGCUCUACAAAGCCUUGUAGUUCCAAUCCGCCUCAAAUACGAGUGGAAGGUCCAAGGCAAAGCUCCAAGCAUAUGGCAGAAAGCUACAACGACGUCGCUGAGUAUCUUGGGCCCAAUCCUUGCCAACGCACAGAGUUUGUCUAUCAACCAUGGACAAAUGGUUCCCAUCUGGCAGGAGAUUGCUGCCAUCGCAAACGGCAUCGCCCGAGCAGACCCCUCUGCAGCACCUUCUCCCACUGUCAUCCUGGAGGAUGAAUCUUUCGACAUCAAAUCGCUGACAUCCCUUCGUGAUAUCAUCACACCCGGCCUCGGCGCAUCUUACAUACCCGACUCCACCCGCCGCGCCUACACUUCGACCCUCUUCCACAACUCCCUAAUCCAUCCUCCAUCAGUUGAGGAGAUACCACCCGACUUCUCCUCCUCGCCACCCCUCACCUCUCUCUACACCAUCCGCCACGGCCGUACUCGCGACCCGCCGCCCACGCCUCGCGCACGAAUGUCCUACUUCUGCCUGCGUGAGCUCCUCUCUCUGGUCCACCGCAGCCCAGCGACGUGCUCCGAGGAAGAGCGCAGCGAGCGUAUCGCCCUGGCCCGCGCCGCGGCGCCCUUCCUCAUCCUACGCGCCGCGCUACCCAUCAAAUCGUACAUCGCGGACCAGCCAUUGCGAGGCCGCAUGCCGCAACCGCAGAGCCAGCGCGAGGAGCUGUUGUUUGCACUACGUGAGCUACAGCAGCUCGAGUGCGAGCCUGACGCCAUUCCUGCAAAUGACGGUGUCGAGGGCGCUGAGGAGAGGAGGCAUCUGCAGAGGUUAUAUCCGCUUGUGGUGAAGGCGGUGGGAGUGGCAGGACGGGUGGCAGCCGGGUGUGAUGAUGGUGGGGAGGUUGUGGAAGCGCUGGAAGGGGUGUUGGAUGGAGUAGGCGUUGGAUUGUUUGGGGCUUGUUGA